GGUCAGCGUGGGGCCCCCGGGUGAGAAGGGAGCAGGAGACCCGCUAGAAUGUGCGACGACGUGGGUGUUACUCGUGUGGCUCAGGGUCUCACUGUGGAGAGGAAGCUGCUCCUGGCCCUGGCAGGGCUCGUCCUCACACUCGUCCUGGCCCAGCCUUGUGAGGGCACCACCCCAGCUCCCCCCGGGGCCGUGGAGACCUCGGUCCUUCAGAGCUGCAUCACAGAGGCCAAAUUCCUGGUGGAUGCCGCCUACAAUCAGACUCAGAGGAGCAUGAAGCAGCGCCUUCUCAGCGGCUCUGCCCGCCCCACGGACCUCCUGUUCUACUUCAAACAGCCGGUAGCGGCCACCAGGACAAUCACUCAGGCUGCAGAUUAUAUGCACGUGGCCUUGGGGCUGCUGGAGGAGAAGUUACAACGCCAGGGGUCCAGCUCCUUCAAUGUCACUGGUUUGCUGACGGAAUCCCAGCUGUGGCUGCUGUCCAAGGCCAGUGGCUGUACUGCCCAGAAGCAGGAAGAGAAGUGCAGUGACAAGUACCGAACCAUCACGGGGAGAUGUAAUAACAGGAGGAGACCCUGGCUGGGGGCCUCCAACACUGCCCUGGCUCGCUGGCUGCCGGCCGAGUAUGAGGAUGGGCUGUCGCUCCCCUUCGGCUGGACCCCUGGCAAGAGGCGCAAUGGCUUCCUCCUCCCUCUUGUCCGGGCAGUCUCUAACCAGAUCGUGCGCUUCCCCCAAGAGAGGGUGACCUCCGACCAGGGCCGGGCCCUCAUGUUCAUGCAGUGGGGCCAGUUCAUCGACCACGACUUGGACUUCUCCCCCGAGACCCCAGCCAGAGUGGGCUUCACCGCAGGCGUUGACUGCGAGAGGACCUGUGCCCAGCUGCCUCCCUGCUUCCCCAUCAAGAUUCCGGCCAAUGACCCCCGAAUCAAGAACCAGCAAGACUGCAUCCCCUUCUUCCGCUCGGCCGUCUCAUGCCCCCAAAACAAGAACAUCGUUCGAAACCAGAUCAAUGCACUCACCUCCUUCGUGGACGCCAGCAUGGUGUACGGCAGCGAGGUCACCCUCGCCCUGCGCCUUCGCAACCGGACCAACUACCACGGGCUGCUGGCCGUCAACCAGCGCUUCAGAGACAACGGCCGGGACCUGCUGCCCUUCGACAACCUGCACGAUGACCCCUGCGUCCUCACCAACCGCCCGGCGCGCAUCCCCUGCUUCCUGGGAGGUGACUCUCGAACAAGCGAAAACCCCUCGCUGACAGCCAUGCAUACCCUCUUUAUGCGAGAGCACAACCGGCUGGCUACCGAGCUGAGACGCCUGAAUCCACAGUGGACUGGAGACCAGCUCUACCAGGAGGCUCGGAAGAUCGUGGGGGCCAUGGUCCAGAUCAUCACCUACCGAGACUUUCUGCCCCUGGUUCUGGGCAGGGCCCGGGCCAAGAGAACCCUGGGGCCCUACUUGGGGUACUGCUCCAAUGUGGACCCUCGCGUGUCCAAUGUCUUCACCCUGGCCUUCCGCUUUGGGCACACCAUGCUCCAGCCCUUCGUGUACCGCUUGGACAGCCAGUACCGGGCCUCAGCACCCAACUCGCGUGUUCCGCUCAGCUCUGCCUUCUUUGCCAGCUGGCGAAUCGUGCAUGAAGGUGGCAUCGACCCCAUCCUCCGAGGCCUCAUGGCCACCCCCGCCAAGCUGAACCGGCAGGAUUCCAUGUUAGUGGACGAGCUCCGGGAACGGCUGUUUCAGCAAGUGAGAAGAAUCGGGCUGGACCUGGCGGCUCUCAACAUGCAGCGCAGCCGGGACCACGGCCUCCCAGGGUACAAUGCUUGGCGACGCUUCUGUGGGCUCUCCCAGCCCAGGAAUCUGGCACAGCUUAGCCGUGUGCUGAAAAACCAGGGUUUGGCAAGAAAGUUCCUGAAUCUAUACGGGACACCUGACAACAUUGACAUCUGGAUGGGGGCCAUUGCAGAGCCGCUUCUGCCAGGGGCCCGUGUGGGGCCUCUUCUGGCUUGUCUUUUUGAGAACCAGUUCACAAGGGCCCGCAGUGGAGACAGGUUUUGGUGGGAGAAACCAGGUGUUUUCACCAAGGGGCAGCGCAGGGCCCUGAGACAGAUCUCCUUGUCUCGGAUUGUGUGUGACAAUACCGGUAUCACCAUGGUUCCGAGGAACAUCUUCAGAGCCAACACCUACCCCCGGGACUUCGAGCACUGCAGCAGAAUCCCCAGGUUGAACCUGUCAGCCUGGCGGAGCAAAUGAGGCUUCUGCAGGCCUCCAUCCCAAGCCUCCGACCUUGGAGACAGGGAACCAGGGAAGACUACAAGUUUACCCCCCCUCCAUCCCAUG